AAUUGAAAGAUGUGAAAAGCUUGAGGCGGAGAAUACAAAGGAAAUAAAACUUCUUGACAGAAAGUUCAGUACGGAAGUCUUGAAAUAUCAUACUGAUAGCAAGCAAGAAGAAAAUGUUCCUUAUAUUUUUGACACUCCAGACAGAAACCAAUAUUUCUCCAGCUGA